CCCGCCCAAGCGCAUGAAGAUGAUCCAUCCAUCCAUGCAAGGCCUCUGUUUAUCUGAUGCACCGAGUGGUACCUGCAACAGGGCCCCUGCAGCGCCGAGUUGCCUCCUGUCUGGCCUGGAUCAGAGCCACUCCAUGCGCCCUCUGACCAAGUGCCACGCCGCAAACGAGGCUUGUGAGCUCCGCGAACAUGACCACCGCCCACAGACGCCCGCGCUUCUGCCGCAAACGCUCCUUUUGCAGAGUGCUUCGCAUCAGCUUCUCUGCAAGCACCCGCAACGUGUACCCAAAUCCGCUGUUGUCUCUGCCAGCCCCUGCGCUCACGCCACUCUCGAAGAUGGUCGCCAUAUAUCUUCGGGCGACGCCUGGUCCCAGUCGCCUACCGCGACUCGCUCCCUCCCGCUGCAAUCCCCUUCUGCACCCGCCCCCGCAAUGGCCUAUAACUACCCUCAAGCAGGUUCCUCGACCUCCCGCAGCACCCAGUUCCCCUUCGUGAACGACGCUACCGCAGGGAUGCCUUUCGAGACUGACGUCCUCAACUACCUCUACGAAGGCCUCGAUCAAAUGUCCUACGACUUUCCCGAGGACGUGCUCUCACAGCUCGACUUUUCCGUCGGCGAGCAGCAGCAGCGAUGCGGGCUCAACGUGUGCCCGCCAAAUCAGCAGUCGCCGAUCUUCCGCUCCAUGUCUCGAUCAAGCUUCGGCUCGAGCUCGUACAUGGAGUCUUCGUCUCCGGACGACUAUCCCACGCCAACCUCCGAUAGCUCAGUCACGACGCCUGCCCUCAGUGACGCGGCGUUCGGGUUCCUGCCCGACCUCCGCUACUCUCCCUUCGGCCAGGAGGCCCCGGCGUUCGCCUCAGAAGCGAAGACGAAGGGCGAGCUCGACUGUUCUUACGUCCACGCCUUCCCGGGAUCUGCGCCCCUUUCUCCCAACGCCUUCUGCACCUACAGCUUCGACGCGUGCCAGCCGCAGGCCCUCGCCCUCCCCUCGAACGAGGGCAAUGGCUUGGCGGGGGCAAGGCGACACAGCGAGCCGGCGAGCCUCGCUGCUCUCCAAUUCCCGUUGUUCUUCCAGGAACAACUCGCGCAGAUCGCCCCUACCCUCGCCGCCACGCGCUCGAUCACAGAUAAUCUCACUGGGCUUCCCCCGGCCCCAGGGCCUUCAUCGAUCGCCCCUCACCAGACCCAGCUCCCGCGCCCGCUGGAGAUCAUGCAGCCCAAACCGGUCCGAGCAUUCAAGCCGCCGAUCCUGCGAGGCGACCGCCAUUACGACCCCAAAGACUUCGUCAGGCGACACUCGGAGCCUGUGCUCCCAUUACCGGUGCUUGACGUCUUCAGCCACGAGGCCGCCUCGGAGUGUCCCGAAGAGGACGAGACGAUGGACGGCGAGGACGAGCUGUAUGACGAAGGGGACUACCCGGACGACAUGGGCGACGACGCCCUGAUGGACGACUUCGCGUUCGAGGGCGUGGACGAGCAGGGUUUCCCCAGCGACGUCCAGGGGGAGUCCUUGUUCGAUCCCGAGUGGACGUGGUACCAACCCGCGUCCAGUUCGUCGGCGCCCGCUACGGCCGCGCCACAACAAGCUUGGCCGGGUGCCGCCUUGUUUGGCGUCCCCUUCGACUGGACGACCGCGUUCGCCGCACCAUCGACGUCCGGUUUUGUUUCCGACACACGACCACAUGGUUUCACGCAGAUGUGAGGCUGCAUCCUUGUUGUUCGUUUUUUGAUACGCCUCCGUGCCACUCCUUGUUUGCUGUCCGUGCACCGCUCUUCCCGUACAUCGCACUCACUCUGCAUUGCAUCGCUCGUUCUUGCACAUGUGUAUUUCGGACCCCUCAGUUGACCUGUAGCAUACGUCGCUCGUUAUCGCACGAUACAUACGUAGAACCGACCACCGUAAUAUCCUACGUUGCGC